GGCUGGUGCGUGGCCGCACACCUGUGUCCUCGUGAGCUCUUUUCACCACGAACACCGCCGGCGGCCGGAGAGCGGCGACGCGGCCGCCAGAGCGCUCGUCGUCAGCGGAAGACGUGCUGGGGGAGACGGCAGCGUCCGACACCGGAGCCAGGAAGCCACCAUGGCCAUCACCGCGCUGCUGGGAGACGUGGCCAUGAUGGUGAAGGGCAAGCGGCCCGGUCAGGUCAACAUCGACAGCAAGGCCUUCCAGCUGCACUACCGCUGCACCACGUUCCUGUUUCUCUCAUUCUCCAUCCUGUCGACAGCCAACAGCUUGAUCGGCAAUCCAAUCAACUGCGUAUGCGGCGCUUGCGCCAAGGCCGGCAUCUCAAAGAACAUCAUCGACACACACUGCUGGAUAUCCGGAACCUACACACUUCCCCAGAAGGGGUCCUUGCCCACCAACAACCUCGGUCUCGAUAACGCUUUUCAUGGUCUGGGGACGCCGAUACGAGGAGAGGAGCGCAAGUACCACCUGUACUACCAGUGGGUGCCGUUCGUGCUCUUCCUACAGGGCGUUCUCUUCUACGUGCCGCACUGGCUGUGGGAAAUCAACGAGGAUGGCCGCGUCUUCUCUCUCGUCCACCACCUGCGACUCCCGACCAUGGACAAAGAGACACUCAAAAAGAACGUCGGCAAUCUCACGAUGUACGUAACGGAAACUUUGGGAUCGCACGACGGCUACUACCUGCGCUUCGUUCUUUGCGAUGCAUUGAACAUCAUCAAUGUUAUUCUGAACCUGAUUUUCACCGACCGCUUCCUGAACGGCGAGUUUCUGUCCUACGGGCCCCGCUGCAUCCACUACUUCUCCAACACCAGCAGUGCGCUGGUCAGUCCGAUGACGGAGACCUUCCCGAAGCUGACGAAGUGCGCCUUCCAGACAUUUGGUGUGUCCGGCACUGUGCAGGAGUUGGACGCUCUCUGCGUCUUGGCGCUCAAUAUCUUCAACGAGAAGAUCUACCUGCUGCUUUGGUUCUGGCUGUGGGCGGUGGCUGUCAUCACGUCGGCCGUGUUUGUUGGCCGCUCGUUCUUUAUGCUGAUGAAACGCUUCCGACCACAGAUGUUCCAGCGCAGGGCGCUCACCACCCGCACGGCCGACAUUGAUGACGUGGUGCAUAACAUUAGCGUCGGCGACUACUUCUUUCUCAGCCUGCUGGCCAAGAACCUGGACAUCACGGCCUUCCGCCUGUUUCUGGCGCAGCUGGCCAAGGUGACGCGCCGCCGACGGCAGGCGCGCCAGAAGGGUCGCAGUAGGCGCGCCUCGCGUGCCGAGGAGGCGGUGGCCAUGCUGGCGCCACGCGGUCCGGUGGCGGCGCCGCCC